UGGUGAUGAUUAUCAGGUUUUUACAGAUGACGAAACUAACGCAGUUUGAGGUCGCGGAGCAAAUUAUGAGCAGAACAAGAUUCGAACCUAGCAUCUACUACUCUGGGUUUGCUUCUAUUUUAAAAAAUUGAACUUUGGGGUCGGCCCAGGCCCUGUGGCAUAGAGGUUAAAGUGCGAGCGCUCCACUGCUGGCGCCCAGGUUCGGAUCUCAGGCGUGCACCAGUGCACUGCUUGUCAGGCCAUGCUGCAGCAGCGUCCCAUAUAAAGUGGAGGAAGAUAGGCACGGAUGUUGGCCAGGGGCCAGUCUUCCUCAGCAAAGAGAGGAGGAUUGGCAUGGAUGUUAGCUCAGGGCUGAUCUUCCUCACAAGAAAAAAAAAGAAAAGAAAAAUUGAACUUUGAAAAAAAAUGACACAAACAAUGAAGGAGUUUAUCUUCCGGAAAAACAAACAAACAAAAGACAUGUUCUCCCUUUACCACUGGGGCCCUCCAAGCCCCAUCCACUCUUAAAUCUGGUCUGUAUGCUUCCACACUACUGCAAGCUCUUUAAUCUGGUCUGGAUGCUUCCACACCACCACACGCUCAUCCACGCGGGCUUUGCUGCCGGAUUCCGGCCAUGAUGGCUGUCUCUGGACCAGGGUUCAGUGUCCCAGUGGCCGGCAGGUUUUAUCUCAUCAUAGACAAUGAGUGAUCUUUGAACCUGAAGAGUGAGGCCUCCCACAUGCAUGAAAGUUGGAGAGAAAGUCUUCCUUCAAGGGCAGGAGCAGUUACAGGUAACUACAAGACCGAGCUGUAUGACCCUGCUAUGGAAAAGUACCAGCCGUCUCCGCAGUGGAUCAACUUAUUCGUGUUUGUGAAGGACCCCGAGAAUAAGAACCUUCUGGCCCGUCAGUAUGGCCCUCAGGGCAGCUUCACCUUCACCUCCCAGUCUCCCGGAGAGCAUCAGAUCUGUCUUCACCUGGAGUCCAUCCGGUUCGCUCUCUUCUAUGAUGGCAAACUGGCCAUUCACUUGGACAUGCAGUUGGGUGAACACACCAAUGAUUAUGCAGAGUUUGCAGCCAACGACAAGCUGACCCUGCUGCAUCUGCGUGUGCAGCAGCUGGUGGAGCAGGUGGAGCAGAUCCAGAAGGAGCAGGAGUACCAGAGGUGGCGAGAGGAGCGCUUCCGGCAAACCAGUGAGAGCACCAACCAGCAAGUGCUAUGGUGGUCCAUUCUGCAGACCCUCAUCCUUGUGGCCAUCGGCGUCUGGCAGAUGCAGCACCUCAAGAGCUUCUUUAAAGCCAAGAAGCUGGUGUAGGUGGGCCCCAGAGACCAGAGAUCCUGCCCUCACUCACUCUCCUUCUGCUGACUGAUGGAAAAUGGACUGGCCUGGUCUAUCUCUUGGCUUCCCCCACCCCUCCCAACCCCACAGGGCUUCCUUGCUACUGGCAGGGGGACAAAGGACCUCUUUGAACUGGUUUCUCAGCCAGCACUGGGGAGAAGAUGGGUUUCCAGCUGGAGACACUUGGGUGGGGGGAGCUGUAGGCUCCUUUGUGGCUCUGUGAUGCUGAGCAGGAGGAGUAUGAGGGUGCCCCCAACCCCCAUGUUAAAGAGGAUGGAUGGACUAUCCCAAAAUGGAGAAAUAAGAGUGAACGUCAAUUAUAACUGACCAGCUUUAUGACCUAAACGUUUAUUGCCUCCUACUCUGCACUUCAUUCUGGCAUUACAUGUGUCCAAUCAAAUGUGAACAUUUGAGGCCCUGCGUGCACUGGUGGGGGACCAAUCCCCAAUGGAUGGGGUGAAGGAAACUUGUACCCUAGAAGCCUUGGCAACAUGUGGAGGCCUUUCCAGAAAAGUCCAACUUGGGCCCAUCUUUUGGGUAACCUGAGUGCUAUUGGUGAUCCUGUGCCUCUCUCUCUGGGCUCUGGUCAGGUUUGUGUGCUAUCCCAUUCCAGUCAUCUGGGUUGCUGGGUACUUCCAGGAGUCAGAUGGGUACCUCUCUCUUCCUGCUAUUUUUCAGUUGACCUGUGUCUCCCUUUAUGAUGUCCUUGGCUCAUUUUUUCAGGAGAUGCUCAUUAUUGCAGGAUUCCAAGUCACUGUUUCCGUUAUAUUCAACAGCUCCCUAACUCAGCCUUCGCAUGUGCACACAGGUGUAGAUGACCAGGCAUCCAUGUCCCCAUUGCUCUGCCUGAUCUAGCCCACAUUUUACCAAGCCCUGUGCUGGUUGACCUGUUGGAAUAUUCAUCAUCUCAUGUGAAUUUGACAUUUUCUGUUACAAGGAAAUUCACUGGUUGGCACCCUCAACAAAAUCAAGUCCAAAUUGUCAAAGCCAAAGAUACCAAUAAAGGGAGACUCCCCAUGAGGAGGGGCAGCUGUAACAGCCCCAGCUCUUGGCGCCUGAGAUAGACUCACCCUCCCCUGGGAUA